AUGGCCGCUUACAAUCCCAUGUCGGCGCUCUCGGCGACAGCGGGCACCAGCGCCGACAGCGCCGAUGGCCUGGGACUCGGCGUCAACGUGAGCCAUGCAGGUGGCGCGGGCAGCCUAAGCCUGGAAGGAUUCGAUCGCGACAUUGGCUUUGAUGACGUGCUGCUCGAAAACGUCGGACUGGCACCGCUGCCCUUUACGCCGACGUACGACUUUGAGACGUUUUCCAACACGUUUGAGGACCCGUUCCAUUACUCGGCCGGUCCGGCUGGACGGCCCUACGAGCUCGCCCAGCUCGACACUGACGGCGGUUUUCACGAGUCCAUCUCGCCGCAAGAUGAGGGCCUCGACAACAAGCUGCUCGGCUUCUCGGAUCCGAUCGUCAAGGCCGCCGUCCUCGACGACGCCGGCCAGUUCGCCGAUCCCGCCAUGACGGCUGAGCUGUUUGGCAUGUUCUUCCUGGCCGAGGACGUCUACGCGGCGGAGAACACCGGUCGGCCGCUCGAGCUGACCUGCUACCGCCGCAAUCUCUGGUGGUGCUCCGGCCAGAUCACGCUGCCACGCCAGAUCACCCACGCCGUCACCGCCGAUCAGGGCCGCCACCUGGCCGUGCUCGAGCUGGCUGUCUCCAUCACUGCCAUCGAGAGCAUCGAGGGCAAGCCGACCGAGAUCAUCUGCAUCCCCUGGAAAAGCACCACCGCCACCGGGACGGCCACCACCGCUACCGCUUCCGCUGUCGCUACCGCCCAACACGAAGACACCAAGGCGGCCGGCUCGCCGCCCAACCUGACCAUCGACCUCGCCAACGGCCAGGAGCUCGAGAACGGGCGCGUGUCGGUGCCCAUCUCGUGGAAGCGCCUACAGUUCAAGCAUGCUACCGCCAACAACGGCCGCCGCAAGGGCCAGCAGCAGCACUACGUCGUGCAGAUCAACCUGCUGGCACGGGUCAAGCCCGAAAGUGCUGCUGGAAGCAGCAGCAGCAGCAGCAGCAGCAGCAGCAGUAGUAACGGCAGCAACAAGAGUGGCGCGAAAACUGCCGCUGCCUCUUCUGGCAACGAUGGCCAAGAUGGCUGGCUGAAGAUUGCCGAGAUCCAAUCUGGCCCGGUCAUCGUGCGAGGUCGAAGCCCACGGAACUUUGUCAGCCGUCGCGAUGUGCCUUUGACAGGCAGCGCUGGCAUCGGUGGGACCGCCGUCGCGGACAAGAAGCAGCAGCAGCAGCAAAGCUUCCAGCGAUACAGCGCACUCAGCAGCGUGCAGCCGGGUGACUGGGCUCACGGCUUUGCCCAGCAGAGCCCCCAUCCGGCCAAGAAGAUGAGCCUGUCGCCCAGUCUGCCGCGACCGCCGGUGCCUUCAUGGGACACGCCGUCCCGGAUGCCGUCCAAGAUGCUGCCACAACAACAGCCGCAGCAGCAUCAACAACAACAACAACAACAACAACAACAACAACAACAACACCAGCAACAUCAACACCACCAAAUCCAGCACAAGCAGCUGCAACAUAUGCAGCCACACCAGCUGCAACAUAUGCAGCCACACCAGCUGCAGCAACAUCCACCCCUCUACCAACAGUCACAACCACCACCACCGAAGAAGAGAGCAAACAGCACGGCUCUCCCGCUCAGCCUCUCACUGUCGGAAGAUGAGCGCAGUCCCAACCGCCUGAGCACCGAUCCGCUGCCCAACAGCCCGCCGUUCCCCCAUCUGGGUGGCGCCGGCAACAUGUCGGCCGGCAGCGCCCUGCCCGGAAAGUCAUCAGCGGCCGGUGCCAAGACGGCCGGCAGCAACAACGGCAACAACAGCAGCAGAAGCAGCAGCAUGGCCAACAACACCGUUGCGGCAUCGGGCGAGAACCCGUUUGAGGACGACGACCUGCUGUACGAGUACUUCCCGCUGAGUCUUGAUGAUUGGAUGCCGCCCGUCGACGCCGUCUAUCGGCCGCACGUUGUGCACCACACAGUUGUGCCGCCCGAGGUCAAGGCACAGCAGGUGCGCAACAAGACGAAACGGUAUUUUGCCGCCGAGUAG